UUCUAGGACAUUCUGUAGAAAAUAAAGAGGGUUAGCUUUUAACUACAAACACUCAGCUCCUAGUACCUGCCACAGCUGAAACGCUACACCAGGCAUAAGGAGCUCAUCAUCAUGGCAGAUGUCUAUGGGUGGUUUGAAGGGAUAGCAUUCCCUCUAGCGUAUUUCAACCUGGAAGUCUUAAGAGAAGCACGGGACACAUUUGUGGUGAAGGAUGAAGAUAUAAUAAUGGUGACUUAUCCCAAAUCAGGAACCCACUGGUUGAUUGAGAUUAUCUGCCUGAUUCAUUCCAAGGGGGAUCCCAAGUGGAUCCAAUCAGUACCUACAUGGCAACGUUCACCCUGGAUUGAGACUACACAUGGAUAUGAAUUAUUGAAGGAUAAAGAGGGCCCACACAUUUUCACAUCUCACCUGCCCAUUCAACUCUUCCCCAAGUCCUUUUUCAAUUCCAAGGCCAAGGUGAUUUAUGGCAUUAGGAAUCCCAGAGAUGUUCUCGUGUCUGCUUAUUUUUUCUUAAGAAAAAUGAAUAUUACUAAAAAACCAGAGACACUGCAAGAACAUAUGGAAUGGUUCCUCCAGGGAAGUGUGAUAUAUGGAUCAUGGUUUGAGCAUGUUCGUGGCUGGCUGUCCAUGAGAGACAGGGAAAAUGUCCUGGUGGUGAGUUAUGAAGAUCUGACAAAGGACCCAAGAAGCACUGUGGAGAAGAUCUGUCAAUUCUUGGGAAAGAAGUUAAAACCAGAAGAAAUAGAUUUAGUCCUCAAGUAUAGCUCCUAUCAAUUCAUGAAGGAAAACAAGAUGUCCAAUUUCAGCACAAUUCCUGAUGAAUAUUUAGAUAAGGGUUUCUCAUUUCAAAGAAAAGCCUCUACUGAAGCAGAAAAAUGGCUGUAUAAUGACAUGGAAGGAAAACAUUGCUCACUUCAUGGCAGUCAAAAAGCAGACACCAAAUCAGAGGAAGGAGUGCUGGCAGGAUAUGGUCCCUGAGGUCACAUGUCCAUGCGUGACUCUUUUGAACUGUGAAAUUAUUGCUCCAACAAUCUUCCACUUUAAGUAUCUCUUGGACAGUAAACUACAAAAUACAUUCCUGAAAUGCUCCAAGAACUCUUGAACCAUUCUGCAGUGCUGCCACCCAGAGGGCCAAGGCUACAGCAUAUUGAAAAAAGAUUCUUCAGGUUUGUUCUCUAAGGCAAUUUGCAGGCUAGAUUUGGAAUGCUUAGAGCCCAUGGCCCCUGACUGCUUUUGCAUUUCUCUCUUGAGGCUCAUGAAUAUCCGUCCUAUGCUUGUUGACCACUGUAUUUUUGAAGCAGAUAACAUGUCUGGUUUCACAGUUUUGCUGCUGGAGAAGAACUGCCAUAACCUGCAUGGCUGAAGGGUCUACAGAGUAGGAAUUGCAGCUGGGGAUUAAGAAAAAACAAAGAGAUACA